AUGAUUUUUCCAAAUAUAUUCUGGUGUUAUUGUAUAUUAAUAUUGCAAGUGAUGUGCCGAGAUCCGCCGACAGUGAAGAUUAAAGAUCAAGGCACAAUCAUGGGAAUGUUUAUGAAAAUGUACAGAACACAAAGUAUUGUAGCUUAUCUUGGGAUUCCUUACGCUCACCCUCCAGUUGGAAUGUUACGAUUUAGUCCACCAUUUGUCGACAAUCUUCCGUCUUGGGAAGGAAUAAGAAAUGGGUCAGUCAGUCAACCGAAUUGUUUUCAAAACACAAACAUACCAAAACAAAAGCACACAAUGGUGUUAAAUAAACUUUUAAAUAAAGUUAUGGACAUGGAUGCAAUGAUGACCGAGAUGGGAAGUGACAAAUAUGAUGAAGAUUGUUUGUAUCUUAAUAUUUUUAUUCCCGAUGGUCCGGCACCACCGGAUGGCUUUGCCGUCAUUGCUUACCUUCAUUCUGGCGACUUUUCCAACGGAAGUCCUUUCGAAAUUAAUCCACAUCAGUUAGUGUUCAAGCAGAAACUUAUCGUCGUCACGAUCGCUUAUCGGUUGAAUAUUCUCGGUUUCUUUACAUCACUCGAUGGCGAAGCGCCAGGGAAUUUUGGGUUAAUGGAUCAGUCAGCGGCAUUGUUUUGGAUCAAGAAGAAUAUUAAAGCUUUUGGCGGUAAUGAAGAGAAUGUGACUUUGAUGGGACACGGAAGUGGUGCGACGAGCGUUUGCAUUCAUUUAACAUCCAAAGACUGGUCAGAAGAACUUUUUCACAAAGCAAUCAUAAUGAGUGGAACAUCACUCGGUUCAACAUCAAUUCGACCUGCUACAUUCUACUCGAAGGCUGUUGAUAGAACGGCACAUGCUUUUUCCUGCUUUCGACGGCCAACCUCACAUCUUAUGGAUUGUCUUCGACGUGUUGAAGCAAAAUUUCUUGUUGAGAAUGCUCCGGAUCAACAUUGGGGUCCGAUUAUAGAUGAAGGAUUGAGUAACACAACCGCUGCGUUCAUUCCAGAUGAUCCCGAGAUGUUGAUUGAAAGAGGCCAACUCAGAAAGGUUCCGAUUCUUACCGGCUUCACAGACAUGGAAGAAGCUUAUGAUUUAAUUGCUGAGGAUAUGGUGGAGAACGGAAUUUCCCUCGAACUCUAUGAAAUGAUGAUAAAUGAGAUUGUCUCGAGCGAUUUUGCACGAUAUGAAAAUAACGAAACAAUGUGUGUCGGAAACAAUCAACUCGCAAUGGAGGCCGUGAACUUCCUAUACAAACCAUAUCCGCCGACAGAAGACAAAAUUUUAUUACGAAAUUUCUACUUGAACUUUCUCAAUGAUCGAAAGUAUUUAGCUCCAACAAUUGGACUUGCUGCACAUAUGUCAAAGCAAGCUGAAACAUUUGUUUAUCGUUUUGAUUUAAAACCGCGAACAAUGAUUGACAUUCCAGAAGACAUCGGCGUGCCGCAUGGUUUCGAACAGAUUUUUGUUUGGGGUUUGCCUUAUUGGGGAGCGCAAAAUGACAUGACGUGGGAUAAUGCAGAUAAGCGAGUGUCUGAUAUCAUCAUGACGAUGUGGGCAAACUUCGUAAAGUACACAAGCCCCACACAUCUAGGAGUGUACAUAAAGUGGGAUAACUUUACACAUGAAAAUCCAAGUUUACUAAUCAUUGACAGAUCAUUCAACAUGAGUGACUUUAAGUCAUUAAACCAUCAUGCAAUUAAAUUUUGGAAUGAAUAUUAUCCAAGUGUCUUAAACUUUGCUGCUGCUUGUUGCAACAUGACCGAAUCUGCAGGCGUCAAAACUGCUGUUGUUAAAAAUUACUACACACUCGGGUUUUGUCUGAUGAUUGGCCAAUUGCUUAUAAUUCAUAUUAUCAGAACGCAAAAUAAUUUUUUGAUUUAA